CUUGCACAAGGGGAAGAGAGGGAAAACAGGCCGAUGUGUGUGCGUCCAAGUCAGAGCUGGGUGGGUCUUCUACUGCCGUUCACAUUUUCCAAAUAACUCCCGGGCUGUGCGUUUGAGCGCUUUCAGAGGGUCACAAUGUUGAUGCUGGCUGGAAUCGUUGUUGUCCAUCUCACCGCCAUUAUCCUGCUCCUCGUUGCUACUAUUGAUAAUGCCUGGUGGACCACCGAUGCUUUGUCAACUGACUUGUGGGGAAGAUGGGAGCUGGUCAACUCAGCCUGGCAUUACACUAACCUGAAAGACUACCCAGAAGAGUACCUUCAAGCAGUACAGGCGACUUCAGUGCUGGCGUGCAUCUUUGCCAUCCUGGCCCUGUUUGUCUUUGUGGCCCAGCUCUUCACUCUGCCUAAAGGACAGCGCUUCACCUUCACUGGCGUUUUGCAGUUGCUCGCCUGUCUGUGUAUAAUGAUAGCUGCCUCAAUCUACACCUCCGAGUUCCAUGCAGAAGAAGACGGAGCAUAUGGACACUCCUACAUCCUGGCCUGGAUUUCAUUUGUCCUCACACUGCUCUUAGCCAUCACCUAUCUCGUCCUGCGGAAAAAGAGUGAGUGAGUGGAAAGAGAGGCGGCCUGGAUGUGGGAUCACAUUCCUUCUUAAUUGGGACGUUCAAGAAGUAUCCUCCAAAUCAGUGACAAAUAUUUGUUUUUGGGAGUUUAAAAAAUGGGAAGCAUUUAAAAAAAAAAAAAAGCCGUACAUUAAAAAAAAAAAUCUUAUGAUAAGCCUAACUCAUUUAAUCAGUCAGUUUUCUAUUCCCCCAAUUAAUUUGUACUAUGCGGGAGUUAAGUUUAAAUUUGUAUAACAUGCUAAUUUACAUCUGUACCAUAAAGUCAAAUUAGUUACAAUAGCAAGUUACAAUGAUGAUGUCAAAUACUACUUUUGACAUCUAGUGGCAAUUUGGGAACAUGUCAACUGUUGCUGCUGGGUAGCUUAGGGUAAAAUUUGGGAGAAGUGGGAGAUAGACAUUUGUAUUUUUUUUUUUUUGUAGUUUACACAAAUGGAAUUUUAGAAAGUUUUACAUGUGGAUUUUGUUACCUUUGAAUGAUGUAGCCUCUAUGCUAAACUAACCCAAACUGCAGCCAAAUGUGGCUUCAUACAUUUACUGUGCAAACAGGAGUGUCGCAUCUCUGUGCCUUAAGUCUCACACUGUUGGCUCUUUAGAAAUAAAGCCAUCAGUUAAGAUUAUUUUAGAAGCUGGGGUGUGAAGAAGAUAAGAUGUGAUAAGAAGUUCAAGUGCUGACACCCCCCCUGAAUCAAACAGGCUUCCAGCAACAAUCGCAAGAAAGAAGUAAACAUUACAUGUGAAGUUAGAGCAUCUUAGCAACACUACAACUUCCCUGUUAUAGUACUUGAACAAUUAAACAAGCCUUAAUUGAAAAUACAAGUAGUUUUAAGUCAUGUAUCUUUAUUUUAUGAUUGAAGUAUAGUGUAUCCUUGUUUUAUCCAUGUACAUUGUAACCAUUAUAUUUUUGUAACAUUUUGUAAUUUUCCUUUCCUUGUCAAACUAUGUUUUGCAUUUUUUGUUUGUAGUAGGCUGCUAUCUUAAGAGAAAAGUACAUCAAUUUGUACAUGUGAACCAAGUAUGGAGGACGACAGUGUUUCAUUUGAUCGUAUUUCUAAACUAUGCAUUAGAAGGUUUGUAAUUACAUUGGAGUGAAGCCAUAUACUAUAAUCAAUAAAACAACUAGUAACAAA